CCACUCUUUUCUUACGCGCACACGGCACACAAUAUCAGUCGUGAGUCGUGUGCGGUGAGCGGUGACUGGUGACCCGUAGUCAGUGAAGUUACUGCACGCACGUCGCGCACUCGAAACGACAACAGACGUCACGGGUCCCGCGGUCGGUCGUUUUAAGCUGGUAUAAAACAAAAACAAAUUUAAUAUUUUAGCAGUCGGUUGCAGCGAGCAAGUGUGGGUGGGUACCUACCUGUCUGUUCCACUGGUUCACCUGGCAUCGACGACGUAUCGAAUACGGUGCACCGUAGUUUGUAUUCAGACAUGAACGUUCGAUGAUCACCGUUGUAUAGAUAAAAUACCAAAUAUGACUUUUAAAGGCUGCAUGAAACGGAUUGUUGUAUAAUAGAUCUUUCAAUAUCAAACUACUUUAUUAUAGCUUCAUUGUGCUGUGAAAAAAAACAUAUAUCUCAAUAAUGGCACCAUGCAUGUGUUUUUCAUUUAUGAAACCUGUGAUGAUAUUCUUGUUAAUUUGUGUUUUCGCGACAUGCUGCAUAACAUCAAGUUUUUUUGCGAUAAUAUUAUUUCUCGUAUUCAUAAUUAUACCAAUUGUUUUUCGAUAUUCGCCAUCACUUCAAAGAGGAAUGAUAUUUCUAAAUUAUGUUCGUAUGCCAUCUUCAGUUAAUUAUAGUCAUCCAGAAAUGUAUGGUAUCAGAGGAACUAGAAAUUUCCAUAUAAAAACAAAUGACAAUAUGACAUUGGGUGUCUGGCAUGUUUUACCUCGUAAUCUGUUGGAAAAAUAUGAAGAUGAUAAUUCAACUUAUGAACAACUUUUGAGUCACGGUGAACCAAUCGUGAUAUAUAUGCAUGGCAACUCAGGAACACGAGCGAACGAACACCGGGUUCAGUUGUACCAUGUGCUUCAAGAUAUUAACUGUCAUGUAAUAGCAGUAGAUUAUAGAAGUUAUGCUGAUUCUACUGACGUCGAAGUUAGUGAGCUUGGCGUGGUUACGGAUGCAAUGGAAAUGUUUAGAUGGGUGCAUAAGCGUGCUAAUGGCACCCCUAUAUUUGGCUGGGGCCAUUCUUUAGGAACAGGAAUCGGAGCGCAUGCAUAUUCACUGUUGGAAAAAGAAGGUCUUUAUCCGAAUGGCCUCAUACUAGAAGCUCCAUUUACAAAAAUGAGUGACGAAAUACGCGAAUAUCCGCUUACUAAGAUUCAUCGACUAUUGCCUUGGUUUGAGUUUUUCAUCAUUGAACCAGUUGAGAAAAAUAACAUCAUUUUUGAUACAGAGACGAAUUUGAUGAAUACUAAAAUGCCAAUAUUGAUUUUACAUGCACGUGAUGAUAUUGUAAUACCUUACCAACUAGGUGAAAAGUUGUACAAACAUCUAUUGGAAACUAGAAAAAAUGUUAAUACUGAAUUAGUGUUGUACGACAAACAUUUUAAGUAUGGACAUAAGCAUAUAUGUAAAGACAAAGAAUUAGGAAAUCGGACUAGGAAAUUUAUCAACGAGUCUAUAAACAAUUCACCUCAAUAAAUACACUCUUAUCCGCCAUUAAUAUAGGCGUUUAUAGCGCAUGCAGUUAAUUUGAAUUGGUCAUUGCAUUUGUUUAGCUCAAUUUUUGUUAUUGUAUGAUUGUAUCUAAAUCCUCAUUGAUAUUUACAUUAUGAAAGUGAUACUACUUUUUAGCACAGUAAUAAUUUAAAAAAAAUUAAUGUUUUUGUAAUAAUUGUGACAAAUAUACUGUUGGCCUAUUA